UUCAACUAAUUAUUAUCUUGUAAAAAUGGCACCUGUUCAUGAGCUGAAAACAACAGACAGGAGACCGGUCGGCUGUCACCUACAAAGUCGGUGAGAAGAAACGUGGCUGCUGAUCUGGCAGCUUAACGCACAAGCCGAGGAGGAGCACCUCGUCGAGCAGAGAGCAGGUGUGGACAGCUUGCUCUUUUCAUUAAACCUCCAAGGGAUCGGCCCAUCUGAAACAUGCGUCUGAUACGCCGGCGUCUGUCUCCCCUGAAGCUGGUCCUCCUCGGGGGAACUCUUUUCUUGGUGAUCCUGGUGGUUCUCCAGAGGGACGUCAGCUCCUCAAACUCCGGAGACCCCUGGCUGCAGGACCUGGCCCACAAACGGGAUGAGGUUAUGGUCAUGGUCCGGAAUGCUGUGAACAACAUGGGCUUCCAGAUCGGAGCUCCGCAGGCCCCGCCGGUGCAGGCGCAGCCCACGGAGGACGUUAAAUGCCCCUCCGGAUUUUACUCUCAGGCUGAGCUCAGACCUCACCUGGAGAGACCGCCGCAGGACCCUCAAAGCCCCGGGGCCGAUGGGAGAGCGUUUGUGAAGGACAACAUGACGCCGGAGGAGGAGAAGGAGAAGGAGGAGGGCAUGACACGCCAUUGCUUCAACCAGUUUGCCAGCGACCGGAUCUCACUCAGCCGCAAUCUCGGGGACGACACAAGACCGCCGGAGUGUGUGGACAGGAAGUUUCCUCACUGCCCUCCUCUGCCCACCACCAGCGUCAUCAUUGUCUUCCACAACGAGGCCUGGUCCACGCUCCUCCGGACGGUCUACAGCGUCCUGCACACAUCUCCCGCCGUCUUGCUGAAGGAGAUUAUCUUGGUUGACGAUGCCAGCGUUGCAGACCACCUGAAGGAGAAGCUGGAGUUGUUUGUGGAGCAGUUUAAGAUCGUCCGAGUUGUCAGGCAGCCCGAGAGGAAAGGCCUCAUCACAGCCAGGCUGCUGGGAGCCAGCAUUGCUACGGCUGAAGUGCUCACCUUCCUUGAUGCGCACUGUGAGUGUUUUCACGGCUGGUUGGAGCCUCUCCUGGCCCGGAUAGUUGAGGAACCCACCGCCGUGGUCAGCCCAGAGAUCACCACCAUCGACCUGAACUCCUUUCAGUUCAACAAACCCGUGGCCACCAACCGCGCGUACAACCGGGGAAACUUCGACUGGAGCCUGACGUUCGGCUGGGAGCCGAUACCCGAGGAGGCAAAGAGGCUGCGCAAGGACGAAACCUACCCUGUAAAAACACCUACUUUUGCCGGAGGCCUUUUCUCAAUCUCAAAGAAGUACUUUGAGCACAUCGGAACGUAUGAUGACAAGAUGGAGAUCUGGGGCGGAGAAAAUGUGGAAAUGUCCUUCAGG